AGAGCAUGGCUCAAUACCAAAAACCACAGCAUCACUAAUAAAGAGGUUAUCCCAAGAGGGAAAGGAUAUUCAGGACUCAUCCCUAAGGACUCGGAGUCUGAUUGCCUGGAGUCUGAUUGCCUCAAAACUCAGAAUUGACCCCCAGCGAGAUUCAACUCCACAUUUACACCAUGGAAGUCCUGCGUUCCUUCAGCUCCGCCUCGUCCUGUCCCGAUGUCUACAACUGGACCAGCAACAGCCUCAUCCUGGAGCAUUACAACUACACCGGACGCCUCCACCACCGCAAGCCCUCGAAGAAAAGCGUGAGUGCCGUCACCGUCCUGUUCCUGUGCUUCAGCGUCUUCAUCAUCCUGGAGAACCUCAUGGUGCUACUAGCCGUGCUGUUUCGGGUUCGUCUGCGCCAUCGUUGGAUAUUCAUCUGCAUUGCCAACAUUGCACUGAGUGACUUGUUGACGGGAACAUCUUACGUGGUCAACAUCUGCAUGUCCGGCGAACGCACCUUCAGGCUAACCCCAAUUCUCUGGUUAUUCCGCGAAGGACUUUUAUUCGUAGCUUUAGCUGCGUCCAUUUUUAGCCUCCUCUUGAUCGCCGUAGAGCGCUACGCAACUAUGAUGAAACCCGUCCACCAGAAAACCGCAACAAAGACCCACCGAGUCUACAUAAUGAUGCUGUUAUGCUGGGUAACAGCGUUUAUAAUCGGAUUCCUUCCACUUAUGGGCUGGAACUGCGUUUGCGAUCUGAAAAGUUGCUCCACACUUCUUCCGCUCUACUCCAAGAGCUACAUCUUGUUUGCAUUGGUCAUCUUCUUCAUAAUAUUGCUCACAAUCGGUGCGCUUUAUUUUGCGAUCUAUUGCCAUGUACGAAGUAGCACUGAAACAAUAUCCGCGCGCAGUCGUAAGCGUUCGCUACGCCUCCUGAAAGCCGUCAUUUCAAUCGUUGGGGUCUUCAUGGUAUGUUGGGGACCAUUGUUCAUCCUCUUGUUAGUGGAUUUCUUUUGUUACUCUCGAAGUUGCAGCACUCUUUUCAAUCCCGGAUGGGUCAUUGCAAUGGCCGUACUCAACUCCGCCAUGAAUCCGCUCAUUUAUUCAUUCGGCAGUCUGGAGCUUCGCAAAGCCAUCGCGACGCUACUGUGCUGCAGUUGUCUGAAGGCAGGAUUGUGCGAUCCCAAAACCUUCAUGUCCAAGGAGACCUCCAGCACCUCAGGGAGUCGACACAGCAGCUUGCGCAACAGCUUCAGCAAGGUGCGAAACCUGAGCACGAGUCCUCCGCCCGAACCGAAGAACGGUAAAAAAACACGCCUCAGCUCCACCACUUCUUGUUUAUCUGCAUCAAGCGAUUAGUAGAGAGUUUCACCUUGGCCACAGAAACUGCACCUCCUCUAACAAACAUUGUGGUGUUUUGCGUCAAUUGUAGAUGCUAAUGAUGGACAAAUCGUGCAGAAAGGACUGUAAAAGUGAGCAGCCAUGCAAGAAAAAAUA